ACAGAAACCAGGGGCAAAAUGGGAACAGAGGGAAAAUUUGGAUUUGCUGUACGUGGUAAUGCUUCAUGGCUAAGUUGACAAACUUAUAUAUAUAUACACUCACACAUAUAUUCCUUCUACAGACCCAGAAACACGCUACUAUUUCAUUCAAACUAGUCUUCUUUCGCUCCCAGAGUAGGGUCUAGGGCUAAACAACCCUUGUUCCUUCUCACUCGGAGAGAAGAAUAGUUGAAAAGUAAUCUUUGAUCGAAUUAUUUUUUGUAAUCUGAGAAAAAAAGUAGAGAAAUGGGGAUUUCUUUUAAGGUGGCGAAAAUGGGUACCAGGUAUAAGCCGAAGUUGGUUCAGAUUGAGGAUGAGGACGACGGAAAUGGUUCGCCUCACUCUCAGUCGAGUGUUAAUCAGCAGGGGAACUUUUCUGAAGUUCGCAAUAAGUUUUCUGAUCUUUCAAGUGGUGUAGCUAAAAAUACUUUACCACACUCAGCUUCAGAUGAUAUCGAGGUAUCCUUUUUAUUGAAUCUAUUUCCAAAUGGGUUUUCUCUUGGAAAAGUUAAUGAGUCAUUCAAAAUUGCACCGGAGCAGUUGUAUCCUUACAACAGAUCGACGAAAACACUUUUCUCUGCAAUUGAAUAUGGUUGGUUGCCUGGAGAUAUAUUUGGUGACUUGCCCUGCAAGUAUUUCAAUGGAUGUGUUCUAUGUGAGAUUCAUGAUUAUCGCAAUUGUUUGCUUCACAAAGGAGGUAGUUCUAUUCAAAAGUCCCCUAUUGUUUACAGAGUGAUAUUACAAAUGUGCAUGGAGAAUGUUGUCAAGGAUAUCAUGUCAAUAUCAGAUGACUCCUGGACCUACAAUGACCUUUUGGAAGUUGAAUCCCGCAUUGUCAAAGCUUUGCAACCUAAUCUUUGUCUGAAUCCACAACCAUUGAUGGGAAUUCAACAUGGAGAAACCCUGACAAAGAAGAUCAACUUGGACAUCUCAUGGAGCUGGAAAAAGAGUAAGCAGUGUAAUGCAGCAGCUACUACCAACCAGAUUUCCACUGAUGACUUGUGUCAUGUUACUCGUACGCCAGACAAUUCUGCCUGCCAGAAUUCCAACUAUCUAUGUGGUCUUGUGCAUCAAGACAGAGGAGUUGUGUUGGCAAAGAAAGAUAUUCCAACUCCAAUUCGUUAUACUCAACACAACAUCUUAGGAAAAACGAAGUCACAAUUGUAUCCUUUGACAUCGCAUCAAAACUUUCAAUUGGGGAAGACAAGAGUUCCAUCUACUUUGGUCAAUCUUAGUACAUCUAAUUCUUCUCUGUCUAAAAGAAGUUCAAUGAAGCGAACUAUUGAUAAAACAAAACUGACCUCAUCGAAUCUCAAUGUUAAUGAAGUAUCUCAGAAUCAAGCAAUUCAAGAACCUCUUCUCAAGAAACCAAAGGAAGAGCCUGUGGAUUUCUCUUACCAGCAGUUUCUGGGCAAAUCCAUUAUAACCAGUGCUACACCUCAGCUACCGUGGCAGAAUGCUGUAAUGCAUCAGAAAAUUGAUGCUGAAAACAUUCUUCCUGCGAGAUUUCAAGAUAAAGUGUGCCCCUCACAGUUAAUUAAAAAUUGUUUGGCUUUAAGUAGUGGAGGCAUCUUGAAUCCAGAGGUUGGAUCAGCUACUUCUACUGUGAAGCAAGAACCUGUGGACACCUGCCUUCCCAGAUUAGAUUUUGCGAAUAUGAAGGAUAGGAGAGUCAACUUAUCUGAUGGUCUCCAAUUUCAAGAUCAACAAUCAUUGAAUUCAUUAAAGAAAAAUUACCGGAUUGAGAAUUCAUUGAAGAAGCCCAUUGUGCAGGUGAUUGAUAAGCAUGGUAAAAAAGAAAAAAAUUCAAGUAGAAGGAAAGUAUUGGAGAACCUUCAGUUGAUAUAUGAUGGAAGCACACCAAGAAAUUCUCAAAAUGUUGAGUCUUGGGCAACAGAGGCAUUUACUCCUUUAAAAAGGAAAGGAACACCUGAUAAUAACUUCAGUAUAAACUUGUUCGACCCAAAUGCUAACAGAAAUAAUGUUAACAUAGCCAAUGCAAAUCGUAUCUCAGUGGGGAUUAACCCUUUAUCUCAUACUUUAGAAAUCGAGGAUAAUAUUAUCCUUGAGAGGUUGUCAAAAAUUAAAGAAGUGACUCAGAGGUGCAAAUUAAUUAAGAAGCCCAAGUUGGAUCAACAGCUAGUAAAUAAAGAAAAUUUUCAUGCAACUGAAAUGGUUGCUUUCCACCUCUCAAAGUGUGAUGAUAGUAGAAAUUCAGAAGCUACGAGAGGGGAUCAAGUUUCUUUGUCUCAACUCUCCAUGGGUACUAGUAAUGUGUCUUAUGCUAGAAUAUUGAUGUUUGUACGUGAACAAUCUGCUGUCUUUCAAGGAAAUGGGAUCCGUUUUUACGGUGGAGAGGUUCAUGUCAGAUUAGAGCUUGCACAGGAGUUUAACAAAAUCACAGUGGAAGCAAAUGUUCUAUAUGGAAGUAAAUAUGAGACUGCUCCCAUUGUUCUGUCUCCCUUACCAUCCUUUCCUAGUGCUCAUUCUGCAGAGCGCUUUAUUUCUCAGUUCAGUUGUCUGAUGUCCCAUGAAGGUUACAGUCUUGCUUAUGACCGAGUAGUACCCAAUUAUCCCGAGACCGAAGGCAGACAACAAUGCAAUAGUGCUGUCAAACAACCAUCUGGAACAUUCGAGCCACCUUGCAAGCCCAAGUCCAAUCCCAAUCCCAAUCCCAAAUCCAAUCCCAAUGCCAUGACUGCAAGCAUGUCACAGCAUAAUUCCAGCCAAUUACUGUCAAAGCAAAAUUUUCCAGAGGGUCAGUUGCGUCCCACCAAAAAUGUACGGUCAUCUCCACAGAUUACAUUACCCAAACUGGACCUUGAGUUCACUGCACAAUUCACUUCCAUGACUUUACAGAUACAAGAGAUGAUUAUCAAACGUGCCCAGUUACAACAUCAGAUACAAGAAAGACAGAGACAUCAAGAGCUACUUAUGCAGAGGAAGGCAGUGUUGGGAGUGCCUGCUACGACUGCAGGUUGCUUAGGUACACUUCAGCUAGCUCCUACAAAUGGAAUCCAGAGGGAUAGAAAUUUUAGCUUUUGCUCCUUUGGUAAUGUUACAAAUCCCAUGGCUUCCAGUAGUAAGAUAUAUGGAGGUGGUUUGCCUUGCAGCAGCUCGUUGGGUUUAAAUGACAGUAAGCAUCGUCUCGCUUCAACUCCGGAUUAUUUCUCUGCACUUUCCUCGAAUCGAAGAGCAGCGGAUGGUCAAUGGAGUGGUUUGGAAGGUGGAGUUCCAAGCUAUAGAAAUGAUAUUUUGGUGCCCAGAAGCAGUCCAAGUCCAAAAGUUGAAGAAACACAACCGAUCUUAAGCCAUAUGCAUCAGCAAGCAAAGCAGUUGCAGCGACUGUCCAUGCUGCAGCAACAAGAAAGGAGAUUGCUGAUUGAGAAUCUAGAAUCAAUCUGCUUGGCCCAGCAACAAAUAGGUUCAUCUCCGAGUCAACUUAGUCCAGAUACUAACUUUGGUCAGCUAGUAGGUUCAUAUUCAAGUGGACUAAACUCACAACAGUUGUCUCAAUUUCUACAAACCAACCAACGCAGUCUAGAAUCUGUCAACUUUGGUCAGCAAGUACAACAGUUUGCUCAAUUGCUACAAACCAACCAAGGUAGUCUAGAAUCCAUCAACUUUGGUCAGCAAGGAGGUUCAUCUUCAAGUGCACUUAACUCACAACAGUUCGCUCGACCGCCACAAACCACCCAACAACGACAACAGAAACCUGAACCAGUUCCGGAAGUGAUGAGAAAGAAGAAUACUAAAUUGCCUCGUGGAAGAGUGGAGAGGGGUCGGAAGAUGCAUGGGGCUAUGGGAGGAAGUAACAUAUAAAGUAGAACUUUUUUUGGUGGACAAAGAGGUGAUGAUACCAACCAAUAAUUAGAUUUUGUUAGAAGCAAUAGCAUUUUGUAAACACAUUUGAAAGAAAAAGCUGCUCUGUUUUUGUGUCUGUUUCAUGUAGCAGUGUUUUACAUGCAGUGCUUGGUAGCUUAAAAAGCUAGUUUGGUCUGUAAAUGUUUUUUCUGUUUUUAAAGCAAGGGUUUUCUGCACCCAGGACAGUAGUUGGGGAAUAUGAAACUAUAGAAAUUGUAAUGUAAGUAGUCAUGAAAAACUCAAAUUUCCUAUUUUGUAAUAGUUUUAGUUACUGAGUUUCAUACAAAUGAGCAAAAAGGUCUGAGUUAAUGCAAUGCAAGGACAAAUGGAAAAAUGGAGGAGGAGGAUAAAUUCAAUCUUGCCUUAGAUUUGUUUGAUUGUUUGGUAUAA